AUGGCUGGAAGAAACGAAAAUCAACCUAAUGUUGGUGGGAACGAUGAGUUCCGACAUUUUGGGAAGUUCCAGAGGAACAAUCCGCCUACUUUCAAGGGUAGGUACGAUCCUGAUGGAGCGCGGACUUGGAUCAGGGAGAUUGAGAGGAUUUUCAGAGUGAUAGAUUGCUAUGAAGUGCAAAAAGUGUGGUUCGGCACACAUAUGUUUGCUGAGGAAGUCGAUGACUGGUGGAUCAACACUCGUCAGGCGUUAGAUGUUGCAGCUGAAGUUGUAACUUGGGUUGUAUUCAGAAGACAAUUUUUGAGAAAGUACUUUCGUGAGUAUAUUCGUAGGAAGAAGGAGAUUGAGUUUCUUGAGCUGAAACAGGGUAACUUGUCAGUUACUGAGUAUGCUGCCAGAUUUGUGGAACUUGCUAAGUUCUACCCUAAUUACAGUGAGGCAUCUGCCGAGUUCUCGAAGUGUAUCAAAUUCGAGAAUGGUUGA